UAAAUAGUAAACACAGCGACGCUUAUUAACCUCUGCUGCUCACUUCCUUUUGCCAAAAAAAGAAGAAAUAGUAAAAAUGGAGAGAUCUUCUGUUCUGGAAGUGGGAGUGUGUUGCUUGUUGCUAAUAUUAUCGACUUCAACAAUAGCAUACGCAACAAAAACUGCCAAGUACAGUGAUAGACUCAGACGGAAUCUCCUUGCGAAUGAUCUCGGCAUAACUCCUCCCAUGGGGUGGAAUAGUUGGAAUCACUUCGGUUGCCAAAUUGAUGAGAACAUGAUCAAAGAGACUGCUGAUGCCUUGGUUUCGACCGGUCUUCAUAAACUUGGUUAUACAUAUGUUAACAUUGAUGAUUGCUGGGCAGAAAUAGCUCGUGAUGAAGAGGGAAGGCUAGUGCCUAAGAACGCUACAUUUCCAUCUGGCAUUAAAGCGCUGGCAGACUAUGUUCACAGCAAAGGUCUUAAAUUAGGAAUUUACGCAGAUGCAGGGUAUUUUACAUGUAGCAAAACAAUGCCGGGUUCACUUGGCCAUGAGGAGCAGGAUGCUAUGACUUUUGCUUCGUGGGGAAUUGAUUAUUUGAAGUAUGAUAAUUGUAAUAAUGAUGGCACAAAGCCAACUGUUAGAUAUCCUGUCAUGACUCGUGCUCUGAUGAAGACAGGCCGUUCUAUAUUCUUCUCACUUUGUGAAUGGGGAGACUUACAUCCUGCUCUUUGGGGUGGUAAGGUGGGAAAUAGCUGGAGAACAACCAAUGACAUUUCUGAUAAUUGGGAAAGUAUGGUCUCCAGGGCAGACAUGAAUGAAGUUUUUGCUGACUAUGCAAGGCCGGGUGGUUGGAAUGAUCCUGACAUGCUUGAGGUGGGAAAUGGAGGGAUGACAAAAGAUGAAUACAUAGUCCACUUCAGUAUAUGGGCCAUGUCCAAGGCUCCCCUUCUUCUUGGUUGUGAUGUGAGGAAUAUAACAAAAGAGACUAUGGAAAUUGUUACCAAUAAGGAGGUUAUUGCCGUUAACCAAGAUCCACUUGGCGUUCAAGCAAAGAAGGUUAGGAUGGCAGGUGAUGUUGAGAUUUGGGCUGGGCCCCUCACAGGCUACAGAGUAGUUGCUUUACUACUCAACCGAGGCCCUUGGCGCAGUUCGAUUACUGCCAAUUGGGAUGACAUUGGAAUCCCCCCUAAAAGUUCUGUUCAAGCAAGAGAUGUGUGGGAGCACAAGACACUGAAGGCACAAUUUGUGGGGAACAUAACAGCGACUGUGGAAUCCCAUGCAUGCAAGAUGUAUAUUUUGAAACCUAUUUCAUAGGUUGAUUAUAUCAAUUACCAUUUGCAUUGGAAUGUCUAAGAUGGAACGAGUAUAUGUGUUAACAUGUUUUAUUGGAAAUUUUGAACUAUUCUAUCAAAAUCCAAAUAAUAAUUAUUUAA